UCCCCGCGAGCCGGUCCCGCGGGCGGGCGGGCGGCCCGAGGGCGCGGCACCAUGAAGCUGUACAGCCUCAGCGUCCUGUACAAAGGCAAGCCCAAGGCGGUGCUGCUCAAAGCCGCGUACGACGUGUCCUCCUUCAGCUUCUUCCAGAGGUCCAGUGUUCAGGAAUUCAUGACCUUCACAAGUCAGCUGAUCGUGGAGCGCUCUGCAAAAGGCAGCCGAGCUUCCGUCAAAGAACAAGAAUAUCUGUGCCACGUCUACGUGCGAAACGACAGUCUCGCGGGAGUGGUCAUUGCUGACAGCGAGUACCCGUCCCGGGUAGCCUUUACCUUACUGGAGAAGGUACUAGACGAGUUCUCCAAGCACGUGGACAGGAUAGAGUGGCCAGUCGGAUCCCCUGCUAGCAUCAACUACACGGCCCUAGACGGCCACCUGAGUCGGUACCAGAACCCCCGAGAAGCUGACCCCAUGACUAAAGUGCAGGCUGAGCUGGAUGAGACCAAAAUCAUUCUGCACAACACCAUGGAGUCUCUGCUGGAGCGAGGGGAGAGGCUAGACGACCUGGUGUCCAAGUCCGAAGUGCUGGGAACACAGUCCAAAGCCUUCUAUAAGACAGCCCGGAAACAGAACUCGUGCUGCGCUAUCAUGUGAUGGCGGCCCGCGGAGGCCCCGUGCCGAGAUGGCCCGGCCAUCGGCAUCAGACCCGCAGCCCCUGGAGAAGCAGAGCCGCCAUGGAGAGACCCACGUGGGGACACAUUUUCACUUGGGAGCUCCUGGCAGGAACUGAGGGGCCGUGGAAGGGCCUGGGGCUGGGGAACAUUCAAACUUAUGUGUCUGGUGAUUUUUGAAAAGCUCGUUUGAGGCCCCCAAAGGUGUAUUCUUGGGCCAGAUGAAACCAUAAACUCUGAGUGACUCAUGUAGAUGCUGAAGGGCUCGUCUCUAACCCCUGGGAAACCCGUGGGCCCCCAACUUGUGCAAGGCCCCUGGGGAGGUCGGAGCCAGGCUUGUCGGUCCUCCGUCCGCCUUGGGGUGGUGUUUGUGCGCUGACUGUAUUAACACUCCAGUAAAGCCAGGGUGAGCCCCGAUUGCAGGGCUGAGGGGGCGGAGCGGGGGGUGAGCAGGCCAGGCCCGUGCUGGGACGAGCCGGGUGCACAGAUGACUGACUGCUUGCCGAGGGCACUGCUCAUCCACAGGACACACACAUCCCUGUGGGGUGGGGGACGUCUGCCCUGCCUCGCAGCUUAGCUUUGCCCGUCAGGUCACAGCAGCGGAUACUGUCUCUCUCAACCCGUGUUCGCCUGUCUCUCUGGCAACAAGACUGUUAGCGACCACCUGGGGCCUGUGUGCCUUAGCAAGUGGCCUUUGCUGUGGCCACCGUUCCUGGCCACAAAGACCAGGUACCAGCCAUCCCGAGGACUCCCAGUGCCCCCAUAUGUGGCCUGACCUCCGCAGGAGCACUGCUGAGAAACUACCCCCAGUGGCAUGAGCCCCAGCCCUGAGCCCUGCCCACUCCCUCAGGCCUCACUGCCAUGUUCCAGACUGCCUUCCCUUGUCCUGCAACGCUUCCUGAGGACGUGAGCUCAUGAUGCACCCUUGGCACCUGGUCCCCACAGAAGCCCCUGCUGGGGCGGUGUCAGGGUCUCGUUUCCUGGGGUCCUUCCCUGAGCAUGCUGGUUCUUGCCCUACCCAAGACGUCCCACUGUCCUGACACAAAGUGCUGGGCCCUGAAUUCCCUUGUUUGGACCAGAAGGUGGCACCUACGUGGCUUCAGAGGACCCUCACGCCCCACCCCAGCAUGUUUACCCGCCGGCUAUCCUGCUCUGGGCACUGCUGGCCAAAGGAGUUGGCCUACUCCUAAAAUAGCCUGCCCGAGGGACCCCCUGGAACGCGCAGACCCAACCUGCUCACUGGUGCCCAGGGGGCUGUGACCCCCCCUUACGAAGGACGGUGGUGUCUGACUCCAACUUUGGAGGUCGCUGGGGCGGAGCUGGGGCUGGAGGCGCGGAUCUGCAGGGAGGGCUGUGCGGAGGGCGGGGCUGGCUCAUGCCCAAACCAGGGUUUCCCCAGCUCCUGUGGUCCCACGUGAAAGCCUUUGGCAAAGAGUGUAUUUUGGUAACUGCCGCCUAACUUCUCUGUUCUGAAAGGUUCUUAUCUGGAUAAAGUUGUCUUUUGAAAUUCCAAAA